CCAGUUCAGAACCCGGAAGUUUCCCGAGAGUGGGAGUUCUCUCUUUAUUAGACAUUCUCUGGUUUCGACGUGGCUUUCAACUGAUAUCGAGACUUCAUUAUCACUCAAGUUUAUUGUCACACUAGGGUCAAGUUAUAGUCGUAUUUAAACUUAAAUUUAGCUAAACCGCAAGUUAAGCUGGGUUAGCUUAGGUACUAGCUAGUACUGUAAGGUAAGCUAAACUAAGGUCAUCUAAAUAAAGUUAUGAAGAGAAACUUUAGUUAAUUAGUUUUAGGUUUGAAAUACUCUAAAAAUGGCGAGAAUGGUGCACAUUGUCCAUGAGCUUAUGCAGGAGUGGAUGGAGGAGGAGAGGUGCCGAAUGGAGCAGGACAGGGCUCAGCGCAGAGCCUACCGCGCAAGGAUGGAGAUGUUGGCAGCGUACUCCUUUGAGGGUGGUGUACGGUAUGCCAGCCUGAACAUGGCAGUGCCCCCUCUCCGGCGUUAUUUUGCUGGGGAAGACACCCGCCCUGAUUUCCGGCUCAGCAGAGCCUCCAUCACCAGUCUGCUGCAGCUGCUCAACCAGGAGCGGUGCCAUGGAUGGGGGCCAACCAUAGAGGUCCUGGUGUUGCUGUUUUGGCUGGCCAGCGAUACGUCUUACCUGGACCCUCAGGCAUUGGAAUGUGCCCAAGAGGCUCAUUUUCAAUCUCAAUAUACUCAACAAAUAUUUAUUGUCAGAAACUGUGAAUUGCUCUAUCAACAGUUGCGUCGUACGCGUGGUGCCGAGGGCAUUCGACAUGCCCAGGACCACGGUGCACAACGUUGUCCAUCGGGUCUGUGGCUGUGUAGUCGUGGCGAUGCCAAGGGUCAUCAGGUUGCCUUCCACUGCAGAGGGGCAGAGAGAAGUAUCAGAGGGUUUUGCCCGACUGGCUAGGCAUUCGGCUUUUGCCAGGGCCAUGGGAGCCGUUGACGGUUACCAUGUUCGUAUCAAGUCCCCAGGAGAGCCCCAUGGCCAGGAUUAUUUCAACAGGAAAUUGUUCCAUUCAAUACAGCUGCAGGCGGUGUGUGACCAUGCAGUGAUUAAGAAAAUUAUGUCACCCUGCUGAAAUGAUGGAGAUGGGUUACACUUAUGGAACUAUCUAAUUGAAAAUUGAAUGUCUCAGUUAUUCCUUAUAUUAUACUCUAAGUUGUAUUAUGGGAAAUUUGAUUCUAAGCUGUGACUGAGGAAAAACAAUAGAAGUGCAAGACAUUGGUUUUAGCAAAGGAGGUCGGGGAAGUACCACUCAAAGGAAUGCAGAGGCCUAGCCGUAAAUUAAAACGUACAUUUAUGGCCGAGCUUCAGGAACUCUUGCAAACCAAGUCUGAAGCUGUCACCCAGGUCAGGCCUAGGUCUGUGUCUAGGGGUUUCCUAUGUUUAUAAAGCACGAGCAUCCCAU